AUGGCCUUGUUCAAUGCAAUCCUGCAAAAGGAUAACCAGGGAAUCAAUUUAAGCAGUAGCAGCAGCAGCAUGAAGAUGCCUGGAGAAGAAGAGCUUGAGAAAGCUGAUGAAAAGCCUGUGAAAAGGCUAAGAAGCAAACAGCCUCUGAAUGACAAAGCAGAAGACAAAACAGAGGUGCCAAAGCCUGCAAAGGCCAUAUGCUUUGCUUUUGACACCCCUGGAAGUCAAAAGUCCAAAAGCUGUGACAUAGUGUCUGUUUCCAGUGUUUCCAGUGGUGGCUUUAUGGCACCUGGAGAGUUUUCAGAAGAGCUACCUGAGCCUGCAAAGGCUGGAAAGGCAGGCCAGCUGCAAGACAUGGUGAUGAAGAAAGUGUUUGCAAAGGCACAGGAAGAAAAUAUGACAAAGGCAAGCCUGGUUCACUACAAGAAUGAGCUUUUGGAAGCUGGGGAGGCCCAGGAGGAGCCAGUGAUGGCUCAAGAGGAGCCUGCAGAGGCUGAGUUGGGAACUGAGCCUGGAGAGGCUGAGCCUGGAGAGGCUGAGCCUGGAGAGGCUGACAGCCAGCAAGUGGCUGAUCAGGAGCCUGCAAAGGCUGCACCUGCAAGUGGCUCCAAGCCUGAAAAGGCUUUGCCAGCAAUGGCCACAGAGAAAGCCAAAGCUAAGGCAAAGGCCUUGGCAGCUCCUAGCAAAGCCCAAUGGAAUGAUGUGCAUUACACAAUGAAGAAGCUUGAGAAAGCUGGCAAGAUGGAUUUGCCUGAGAAAUGGAAGAAAGCUUGCUCAGGAGGUCACCAAAGCAAGCGUGAGUUUUACUACCACACAUUUCUCCUAGAUCCAGAGGCCAGCAAAAAAGAAGUUCAUAAGAGUAGCCUGGAAAGGCUUUCGGUGGAAUCAACCAAGUUGAAAGGUUGGUUCACCAAAUGGCAGCUUGGGGAAAUGCAAGGUGCAGUCGCCACCCACCCCAUGUUUGAACAGCUCUGCACAGAAGCCUGCAAAGGCUUACCUGAAAGAGAUCAUGAGAAUGAAGCCUGGGCAAGGCUGGGUGUGAAACAAUAUUACUUCGAACAUUUUGAAGCUGAGAAGGAAAGGCAUGCGAAUGAAAGUACAACUGCGGCCAAGCAAACAGUGGAAGUCUCUGACAGGCAAGAUUUCCAAAAGGCAGAGAAGGCCCUCAUGGCUGAGCCAGACAAUGGCCAAGUGGUUUUUGGAAAGAAAAGCCACAAGGCUGAGGCCAGUGCAGAGGAAGAAAAGCCUGAGGAGGCUUACAAAAAAGCAUACCAAAGCCUGAGUAAGGCUGUGAAGGCUUUCUCAAGUGCAGUUGACAAGCUGCAGUUGCUGAAGACAAGCUUGGCAAACAAGCAGAAGGAGCAGCCCAAUGCACAAGUGGCUGCCAGUGUAGGUGAAAUGGAACACUUGCAAAAGCAACAUGAAGACUUGAAAAGUCAGUGGGUCACCAGGCUGGCUGCAGUUGCCAGCACAUUGCCUGCAGAUGCAGCCAGUGAUGGCUCAGAAACUGAGAAGCUUCAGCAAUGGAAGCAAGAAAUUGAAGAGCAAAACAAAAGCCUGGGUAAGGAAUGGCUGCCCUUUCUGCUGCCACAUGAAUUUUUGUCAGAUUAUUUUUACCAAGAAGGGGCUGUGGAAGAGGCAAUGCCUGCAGCAGGCACCUACAGGAUGAACCACAGCACCUUGGAUUUCUUGAGCAUAAACCUUCCAGCCAGCGAGUGCUUCCAAGCUCAAAGAAUUCCAAUGUGUUGCUUGGAGGCAUUAAGUGUUGAAGAAAGAAAAGGCAUGAGCCUGCAACAGGCUGAUUGGUUGAGCAGCUUGGAAAACAGGGGAAAGCAAACCAAUCCUCUUUUUCAGCUGCCUGGUGUGACCAAUUGGUCACUUUUUCCUGAUUGGAUGCAUGUGGCAGAUGAAGGUUGUGCAGCCUUGGCAGCUGGCCAAAUCCUUCAUGAGCUUCUACCUUCAUAUGCUGCACCCAAUCAGGAAGCUCGGGUAGGGCUGCUUUGGGACCAUAUCCAAAGCAUCUAUGAAGCCAGGGACUGGCCAGCAGAACAGAGGUUGCCCAAGUUAACCUUAAAAGACAUAAAGAAGCCUGGGAAGGCUGCUGAGCUAGAUGUCAAAGCAGCUCAAUGCAGACAUUUUGUGCCAGUGGUGGCAAUCCUCACUGAGGAAAAGGGUUUCAAAAUUGGAAGCCCAAGACAAAAGGCAAUCCACAAUGUUGCAAGAUAUUGUGCAAAGAUGUAUGCUGCCUUGGAAGCUGGAGACAGCAUGGCCAUAGCCAGCAAUGGCCAUAAAUUUGUUAGCCAAUACCUGGCUCUAGAAGAGCAUGCUGUAACUUGGGACCCUGAUGACACCAAAACUUGGAGAGCAAGACCCAAGUUCCACUUGCUGCAGCACAUUCUGGAUGAAGCCUGCAAAGGCUUGCACCCUAAAGAUGUAUGGAACUAUCGAGAUGAAACAUUUGGGUAUACAAUGCAGCAGCUAUGGUUCAGAAGAGGUGGCAAAACCAAGAGCCCCAAAGUCGAAAGUGAAUCAGUUUUGCUAAGAUGGGCAAACAGCACAGAGACCUGGAGCUUGCAAAAGGCUAUGGAAGCAAAGCUUGAAAAAGCUGAUAUGGAAGCCUGA